UACAAUGGGGACUAGAGGAAAGUGAUUGUCCUUGUUUGUAUAUUAAAAACAAAUAUAAUUGUUUGGUGCAAUCUUGAGAUAUAUAUUUAUAUAUAUAAAAAAUGUUCUAAUAUGUAUGUGCUUUUAAGAAGGAUUUAAGUAGUUUGUCAAUGUUCAUUUUAUACCUACAGGAUAUCCAAGUGCAAUGGCUGUCGUUUAGUUCUGUUCUCGUUACCUACGUUUUCUGCACUUUUCAAAAAAUGGAAUUUUUUAUUGGAUGAUAUUUUUAAGUAACCAGUGAGAAUCUGCACUUUUUGAAAAGUGCAUAAAUUGUAGGCAAAGAGAACAGACCUAUUGUAAAUAUUGAGGGCGCUGCUCUUUUCGAAUCUUGAUUAACGUAGUUAGUGCUUUUGAACGAAGCGCAACUGUUAAACUGGAGCGAUGACAAGGAGGCACUGCGAAGAGGCUGUUAAGAAAGGAAACUAAAGUGACAUGCGUUGGAGUUGGAGAAGCAAGAUUUGAAAUUGCCACAAAAGUUUUAAAAGUAUAAGAGUUGGGUUGGGACGGAAAUAUGAAUCAAAAUAAAAAAAUAUCUCUCGUUGCUGCUGAUCCAGCAGUAGAGAGACAUUUUAAAGGACAUAAAGAUACUCUAACUGGCUUAUCUUUUCACCCAAAUUCAAACCAAAUAGCAUCCAGCAGUCUUGACCGUACCUUAAUGGUAUGGAAUUUUAAUGAGUCUGUACGUGCAUAUAAAUUUUAUGCGCACAAAGACGUAGUCUUGGAUGUUGCCUACUCUCCAUCUGGAGAAGUCAUAGCUAGUGCAUCAAGGGAUCGGUCUGUGAGAAUAUGGGUCCCAAAGAUUCAGGGACAAUCUCUGGAUUUCAGAGCACACAUGGGAGCUGUGAGAUCUGUACAGUUCAGUCUGGAUGGUCAGAGGCUAGUGACUGCUUCUGAUGAUAAGAGCAUUAAGGUCUGGAUGGUUUGUCGAAGAAGAUUCCUUGCAUCGUUUACUGAUCACACAAACUGGGUGAGAUCAGCAAAGUUUUCCCCAGAUGGACGGCUCAUUGUAUCAUGCAGCGAUGAUAAGACUAUUAGAGUAUGGGAUAUGGGAAACGGACAGUGUAUAAAAACAUUUAAUGAGAUUAAAGGUCCUGCAGUCGAUGUUGAGUUUCAUCCAAGUGGAGCUGCAAUAGGAUCUGCUAAUGUAGGUGGUUGUGUAAAACUCUACGAUCUAAGAACAGACUCCUUGCAUCAGCAUUAUGCAGCACACAAUGGUGCAAUAAACAAGGCCAAAUUUCAUCCUAAUGGUAAUUUUAUGUUAACAGGCUCUCAAGAUUCUACAAUGAAGAUAUUGGAUCUACUCGAAGGCCGUCCCAUCUAUACAUUAAAAGGACAUUGUUCGGCUGUAACAUCCUUAGCAUUCUCGGGCGACGGUGAUUUCUUUGCAUCGGGUGGAGCUGAUCGACAACUGCUAUUAUGGAAAUCCAAUUUCGACAAAGACGAUCGUGCAAGAAAGCGUCCCAGACAAUUAAUAUCUUCAAAAGCUACUAAAUCAAAACGUGAUAACGGUCCUUCAAAACCUCUCCAGGUCGAUUAUGAUGACGUUAAAGAUUCAGAAACAAUAGAGAAGCAGUCUCCAGUGCCUUCUGUAGAGGAUCUGGAUUUAGACAUAAUUUCUGAGCCUAAACUUUGUCAAGGUCCUAUUGCUAAUUUACCAGGAGAAAAUGUUCGAGUGGAAGUUAUCAACAUGAGACAGAAGAAGCCGUUUGAAAAGGGUCAUAUUGCAAAGUUUGGGUUACCUGAGUCGCCAUCACGUACAUGUUUACAAUCACCUAAUCAAACAAGCAGCGUUGUGGAAUCUCUUAGUCAGCAAGUCGAGUCUCUACGCGAUACAGUAGUGCUCUUGGAAGAGCGAUUAAGCAUUGUAGAGGAUGAGUUAAAAAAAUAAUCUUGACACGUACUUGGAACCUCCAUCAUUAACAUAAUCUGAAUAACGUUCCAGCGUCAUUACUUGACUUUACACUUAUCUGCUAAUGAAAAAGAAUUAACGAUCUUGUAAUAUCUUAAAGUAGAUUUAUUCACCUUAUUGAUAUAUAAAAAUCUGCCUCAUUGGUUUUUCCAUUUGGCAUUAAUAAGGUGACAGACUUAAAUUAAUGAAAAACUCGUUUAUAAGUGUACGUUUAUUUUUUUUUUAUUUAACGAAUAUAGAAUAUACGUUAUAACGUUUAUAUGCAUAAUAAACAGAAAAUGUAUUUUUAA